AUGGCGGCCAGGGAUCUCCCUCCCGAAGGGGCACAGUUGCUGGCUCCCUUCAGUCGCAGUGAGAGCCCUCCAUCAGAUGCACCAAACCGCGCCUCGUACUCAGCCGCAAGAGGGACUCUCCCUUCCAGUGCAGCAGAGCCGCAGCUCCCUUCGGAGGCAGCAAGAACGUUCUCAGCUUUUAACAAUAUACCAAAAAUAAAUAAUUUUACUUUUAUUUCAGAGUACAAUGAAGAAAAAGAGGAAAAUGAAGAAUCAAAUCAUCAAGAGAAGCAGCAUGCAUGUGAUCAAUGCGGUAAAAUGUUUUUAUGGGCUUCACUUCUGAAGAAACACUUGAAAGUUCAUGUAAAGAAUAAGCCACAUUCAUGUCAUUUGUGUGGUAAGAGUUUUUUGCAUCUACAAAGUUUGAAAGAACAUCAGAAAAUACAUACUGGUGUGCGAGAGUACAUGUGCUUUGAGUGUGAAAAGACUUUUAGUUCAGUGAGCAGUUUAAAACUACAUGAGAAGAUCCACACUGGAGAGAAACCUUACAAGUGUUCACACUGUGACAAGAGAUUAAGUCGGUUAACACAUCUGAAAACACAUGAGAGGAUCCACACUGGAGAGAAACCUUACAAGUGUUCACACUGUGACAAGAGAUUCAGUGAUUCGGCACAUCUGAAAACACAUGAGAGGAUCCACACUGGAGAGAAACCUUACAAGUGUUCACACUGUGACAAGAGAUUCAGUGAUUCGACACAUCUGAAAACACAUGAGAGGAUCCACACUGGAGAGAAACCUUACAAGUGUUCACACUGUGACAAGAGAUUCAGUGUGUCAUCAAGUCUGAAAACACAUGAGAGGAUUCACACUGGUGAGAAACCUUAUAAGUGUUCACACUGUGACUGGAGAUGCAGUCAUUCAUCAAGUCUGAAAACACAUGAGAGGAUCCACACUGGAGAGAAACCUUACAAGUGUUCACACUGUGACAAGAGAUUCAGUGUGUCAUCAAGUCUGAAAACACAUAAGAAAAUUCACACUGGAGAGAAACCUUACAAGUGUUCACACUGUGACAAGCGAUUCAUUCAGUCAACAGAGCUGAAAACACAUGAGAGGACCCACACUGGAGAGAAACCUUACAAGUGUUCACACUGUGACUGGAGAUUCAUUCGUAGAGGAAAUCUGAAAAGACAUGAGAGGAUUCACACUGGAGAGAAACCUUACAAGUGUUCACACUGUGACAAGAGAUUCAGUGGUGCAUCGAGUCUGAAAAGACAUGAGAGGAUUCACUCUGGAAAGAAAGCACAUCAACGCAAUGUACGAGGGAAGUGUUCCAUUGAGUCAUCUGUUAUACACAGUCAUACAAAAAACAAUCACAAUAAGGCCCCGUACACGCGGAGACGCAUUUAGCUGUAUAUGUAAAUAUUUUGUAUGGUAUACGUGUUUCUUCCAGACGGAUCCAGCGUUUUGGGGGAGUGAAUUCAUUUUUUUUUAAAACAGGUCCCAGAGUGGAUAAAUCUGAAAAUGACACCUUUUUUGUUUUUGUGUACUGCCAAUCCAUAUAUUUAGUUAAACAAUGAUGUCAUCACCCCACUUCUCUACUAUAGUCAGACACCUCUACAUCAUUUAACACCAACAACAAUGGAGGACUAGAUGUUUGUGUUCAUGCUGCAGAAGCUACUGAGUCUGUAAGCUUGACUAAACUUACUAGUAGAGCUGCACGAUAUUGGAAAAAACAACACACACUGUGAUAAGUUUUCUCUGCAAUGUAUAUUGCGAUAUGGAAGAAAAUCACCAGAUGACUUGAACAGCUCUAUUUGGGGAAAUAAAAUUAAUGAUUGGGGUGAUUUUGUAGGUGAAUAAAUCAUCUAAGAAAAUAAGUAAAUUACAAACAGAGAUAAAUAUGAUAGAAAAAUGGUACAAAUGAAAUAAAAAAGUGCUUUAUAUUCUUCAGUCCAA